GUCGGCUGCCCGCUGGGUCCCCGGCGCUACCCGCAGCGAGGCCCCGCCGCCCGGGGGCCCCGGAGCCAGCCCGCACCGGGCUUGGCAGGCCCCCUUCCGUCUUCCGGACAUGUCUUUUUCCCAGGCACCUGAGAGUCCCCCAGGAGAUGGGUGCCUCUUUGCACUCCAGCCCUGUUUCUGGUCCCGCUGCCCUUCAGUCUGAUGCCCGUCCAGCUCUCCAACCCCCCGGAAUGGAAUGAGUCUAUGCACUCUCUCCGGAUCAGCGUGGGGGGCCUUCCCGUGCUGGCGUCCAUGACCAAGGCCGCAGACCCCCGCUUCCGCCCCCGCUGGAAGGUGAUCCUGCCGUCCUUUGUGGGCGCCGCUGUCCUCUGGCUGCUCUAUGCCCACCGCCCCCCUCCUGGCCGGCCCCCCCUGCCCAACGCCCACAACUGGAAGCUUGUCCAGCCGCCUGCUGCCCGGUACAAUGACACCUACCCGCUGUCUGCCCCCCAGAGGACGCCGGGUGGGACGCGAUACCGGAUCGCUGUUAUCGCUGACCUGGACACAAAGUCCAGGGCCCAGGAGGAGAACACCUGGGUCAGUUACCUGAAGAAGGGUCAUCUGACCCUGUCAGACAGCGGGGACCGGGUGGCCGUGGAGUGGGACCAAGGCCAUGAAGUCUUGGAGUCCCACCUGGCGGAAAAGGGGCGGGGCAUGGAGCUGUCGGAUCUGAUCGUCUUCAAUGGGAAGCUCUACUCUGUGGACGACCGCACCGGCGUCGUCUACCAGAUCGAAGGCUCCAGGGCUGUGCCCUGGGUCAUCCUGUCCGACGGCGACGGCACCGUGGGGAAAGGCUUCAAAGCUGAGUGGCUGGCCGUGAAGGAUGAGCAUCUGUAUGUGGGCGGCCUGGGCAAGGAGUGGACCACUGCCACGGGGGAGGUGCUGAAUGAGAACCCAGAGUGGGUGAAGGUGGUGGGCUGCAGAGGCAGCGUGGACCACGAGAACUGGGUGUCCAGCUACAACGCCCUGCGGGCCGCUGCCGGGAUCCGGCCGCCAGGCUAUCUCAUCCACGAGUCUGCCUGCUGGAGUGACACGCUGCAGCGCUGGUUCUUCCUGCCGCGCCGCGCCAGCCACGAGCGCUACAGCGAGAAGGACGACGAGCGCCGGGGCACCAACCUGCUGCUGAGCGCCGCCCAGGACUUCGGGGACAUAACUGUCCAGCGCGUGGGGGCAGUGGUCCCCACCCAUGGCUUCUCCUCCUUCAAGUUCAUCCCCAACACCGACGACCAGAUCAUCGUGGCCCUCAAGUCUGAGGAGGAUGGCGGCCAGAUCGCCACCUACAUCAUGGCCUUCACGCUGGACGGACGCUUCCUCCUGCCUGAGACCAAGAUCGGGAGUGUGAAGUACGAGGGCAUAGAGUUCAUUUGAACCAAGAAAAGUCAAGAGGACGAGCAAGGCCGAGGGGUGGACGGUUUUAAGCUUCAUCAGGACUCAAGUUUUAUAAAAACCCAAGGACUGCACUUUCAUGUGAUGUUUAGUUUAUCUUUUUUUCUUGUUUUGAUUUUUUUUUUUUUUUGGAACUCUUGAGGUGUGUGCCUGGUUUAGAAAUUUCCAGAAUUGGGAGCUCAGUCCCAGCCUGAGAUGUGGCUUCUCAGAGGGGAACGGAAGUGGCGGGGUGGGGCUGUCUCCCAGAGCUACAGGCCGGACAUUUCCCUGCACCUCCACCUGGUGGUUGAAGCUAGUCAUUGCAGGCAUCUUAAUUUGGGGCCCAUCCUCCGAUUCAGCCCUUUCUUCCAUCUGACCUCCUUUUCUUUUCUCUCCAUUUCUUCUCCUGCUCAAUAAAUAUUUCUUAAGCUCC